GCCGUUGUGAAAGUCCAGGCAAGAGAAAUCCAUCAGGUGCACCGCGAGGCUCAAGCUCAGGAUCACAACGGGACGGAGAGGUGCCGAGGAGGUAAACAAAGUCCGCGUGCCUCACAUAUAUCAUGGAAAAGUUAUGAGUUGGAGUAUAAGCAUUCAACACCCUUCAAAAAAAAAAAUGAGCCAGAUCAUGGCACUGUAGCUAAAGGUGGACAGUUAGACUAACUCUGCGGGGCUGAAGGGAACACAGCAUGGCACUCUUUGGCCCUGCAAGGAGGUGCCUAGUGUGUAUUAGCCGAGCAGUGAUGAUGGCUGGAAAAGACUCGCAUCUGGCUGUGUGUGUGACCCAGCCCUCAGUUCUCCCUGGCACAAGAGGCCUGGCAUGUAAGAUGGACAACCAGCUGUCUGACCUUGUUAAUAAGGAGUUGAAAGUGGAUGUGGCAGCACCUAACAAGAGUCCUGAGAAUGACAAGGCUGGCAACCAUUCAAAAAGGACAGAGAAUGACAAGGAUGGCAACCAUUCCAAAGGGUCACAAAAUGAAAAGGGUGGUAGCCAGUCCAAAGGGAAGGGGAAGUCAGGCAAGUUUGUCCUCAAGACCCCCAAGGGCACGAGGGACUAUGGCCCCAUGGAGAUGGCCUACAGGCGGGAGGUGUUCAAUGUGAUCUACUCAGUUUUCCACAUGCACGGAGCAGUUCAGAUUGAGACGCCAGUGUUUGAGUUGAAGGAUGUGCUAACAGGGAAAUAUGGCGAGGACUCAAAGCUGAUCUAUGACCUUGAAGACCAGGGUGGUGAGAUCCUCUCCCUGCGCUACGACCUCACAGUGCCAUUUGCACGAUAUGUGGCUAUGAACAAAAUUGACAACAUCAAACGUUAUCACGUGGCACGCGUUUACCGUAGGGACUCCCCAGCCAUGACCAGAGGCCGCUACCGAGAGUUCUACCAGUGUGACUUUGACAUUGCUGGCCAGUUUGACGCCAUGAUUCCUGAUGCCGAGUGCGUCCAGCUGGUGCACCAGGUGCUCUCCAAGCUGGGACUGGGAGAGUUCACCAUCAAGAUCAACCACAGAAAGAUCCUGGAUGGUGUGUUUGGCUCCUGUGGUGUCCCCAGUGAGAAGUUCCGUCCCAUCUGCUCUGCCGUGGACAAGCUGGACAAGUCACCAUGGGAGGAAGUGAGGAAAGAGAUGGUGGACGAGAAGGGACUUGAUGAGGAAGUGGCAGAUAAGAUUGGGAAUUAUGUCAAGUUAUCAGGCAGAGAAGAGCUCCUGGAGACACUAGCCAAUGAUGAACUAUUAAAGAGUUCUCCAUCAGCCCAGGCUGGCUUUGCAGAUCUGAAGUUGCUCUUCCAGUACUGCAAAAGCCUGGGAUGCGCAGAGCACCUGGUGUUUGAUAUGGGUCUUGCCCGAGGCCUUGAUUAUUACACUGGUGUCAUUUAUGAGGCAGUGCUCACAGCAGGACAGAACUUUGGAGAGGAAGGACCAGUGGGCAGUGUGGCAGGGGGUGGUCGUUAUGAUGGGCUGGUGGGCAUGUUUGACCCCAAGAAGAAGACUGUGCCCUGUGUUGGAUUGAGCUUUGGCAUUGAGAGGCUCUUCACCAUCUAUGAACAGAAGAUGCGUGCUGAGAGUAAUAAGGUGAGGGCAACCCAGACAGAGGUGUUUGUGGUUACUGCCUGCAAAGGAAUGGUACAUGAGAGACUGAAAUUGUUGGGGCUGCUGCAUGAGGCUGGCAUCAAGGCAGAGGGCAGCUAUAAGAACAACCCAAAGAUCCUAAACCAGCUGCAGUAUGCUGAAGACAACAAGAUCCCGCUGGUGGCGCUGAUUGGAGAGUCUGAGGUGGAGGCUGGUGUGGUAAAGAUUCGCGACACUGUCACCAGGGAGGAGACCACCAUCAAAAGAGAGGAGCUCGUUGAAACAGUGCGGCAGAAGCUGGGUGGCCUUUGAGCAUCCACCAGGUGUUCUAAUGUUGCCCUUCCAGCACACCACGGGAUAAGGGGAGGAGGGACUUGCUUGCCAGGAGUCUGAUAUUGGUUGGGUUCUUAUUUUUUUUUAUUUCUUUGAUUCCCUUGUUUGCUUUGUAAUUUUAUGAAGGAAUUAUGCUUGUAUGCUGAUUGAUGGCAGCUCACCAUGCUACACAGUAACGCUUAACGCUUUAAUUUAGAAAUUCUCAUUUUUUUAUUAAGAUAUGAGGGAAAGUAACACAGCAGAAAACAGAUUCCAUAAAGUUAAGGCUGAUUGUUAAAAGUUCCAUAAGAGUCAUGUCUCUGCCUAGACAGCUGUAGUGCAGUGCAGGACUGAUGGACAUGUCAGCAGCAGAAACACUGCUGACAUUCAUUUGACUGUUUAUUUAUGACUUGAUUAUUUAUUUAUGAACUUAUAAACUUCAAGAUUCAGUGCAGUUUAAUAUUGACUGUAAAAGAGACUCCUGUACAGUCAAUUCUUACUUAAGAGAUGUUCCUUCAUGACUUGCCCUAUCAUACUGUCAGACUAUCACCUGUACAGCUCCAUCAGGAGCAGCACUCCUCAGCUUCCUCAGCUCUUGCCACACUUCCAACACACUAAACAGAACGUCCCUCCUCCUUCCCAUGGUUCAUCAGUAGAUUGAGUUGAACACCAAAUAGGAAUGGUGAUGGUUGGGUAUUGGUUUGUAACACACUAUGUUUGGGGAAGUAUUUGAGAUUGCCAUUGUUUUAUUUAUAUACUAAAGCUUUUUUUUUUUUAAUCACAAUUUGUAUUUAAGUCUUCUUUAUCAUCAGAUGCAGCAGUGAACAAAAUGCAGGAGAGUGGGAGGUCCUUAUCUGGUAACUUGCUCUGAAUUAUAACAAGAUCACCUGCUGCAACCUAUCCCUCCACUUUUCUGGGUCUUCUUGCACUGAUCUGCAAAUGACCAUUUAAAGAAAUGCUUGGUCUUUUGAACAUGCAAAUCUUGAUAAAAUUUUGUUACUGCUGCAAGUUUCUACAUUGUUUUUGAAUGCCUUGAUGAAGUGCAUGGUCAUUAUGUGAUAUGAUGACGUGAGAUUACCAGAGCUCUUUCAUAUUCCAUUGUCAUCUCAAUAAGGUCUGGCCCACCUUACACAAGUGUUGGAUGGGAUGGAAAAUAUCUUUCCCCAUUUCUAACACACACUACAAGGUAAAUGAUUAUGUAAUUAUUAUUUAUACUGUAUUAAGUUUGCACACGCUAUGUUUGUACUGAUGAGGUACAUGGCAUCACAAUUACUCUACAACUGUAUGUGGGAGGUAUUUCAUAGACUACAGUUGGCAGUGUCUUUAUUGUGUUAUACACAAUGUGGUAAAAACCUUUUCCAUUAUUCUCUCUUAUGGAGGAAAAGCAACAUUCACCAGCCUGCAGGGAGCAACACUGUAUCAGUCUGCUCUGCAUCACUUUUAUUGAUGCUCACCAGCAGACUGCCAAGGUCACCUUUUUCCAAUAAAGGUUUCUCCUGUGAG